UGGGACAGUAGAGCACAGAAUCACAACAGGACGAUCAGUGGACAGGAGAGUAUCGCAGAUAGAGUAUCUUAAUCUGAAGAGUCCAGUUUGUCUAGGUGUAGUACAUUUCCCAUCGUGACCUGAGAUUGACAACCAGCGAAUCGUCAAGAAGCAGAUGUGAGAUGAACGCACUGUGGCUGCCACUUCUCCUAAGCUCAGUCAUAUGGGCAGAGGAGGAUUAUUUUCAUAUUUCCCCCAAUGCCACAUGGGACAGCUACACUUUCCCUGACCGAAAUGCCACAUGGGAUGAGGCCAGGGACCACUGCCAGAAAUGUUUCAAAGAACUGACGACCAUCACCAGUGGAAACGUCCACCUCAUUGUGCGGAAGAACGCCUCUUUGAACUACUGGACCGGGCUCCGCAGGAGUUACAAUGGCACCGUCUCAUGGUCCAAAUGGUCCAAUGAGGAUCCCGUUACAUAUCAGAAUUGGUACCCUGGUCAUCCUGUGCCAAAUAAAGUAAAGGAAAAGAUGACUGUAUGUUUCUCAACUACAGAAACUCCACUGAGCACCUUAAUAACUACUACAACGUCAACCCCAGUGACCUCAACACAAACCUCUACAGUAACUACUCCAGUAACCUCUCCUUCUAACAAAACAGAUGGAACGUGUCCUAUACUGACUGAGAUCCUUGAAUGCUUAAAUAUGGUAUGUAAUAUGACAUAUAAUGAACUUAAAGAUGCAGUGCAUAAGUACACGUAUGCGAUACCCCAGGCUGUCACCCCUAACACCACAACAUAUAGCACCACCCCUCAUGCCACCACAUUUAGCACAGCCUUUAAUACCACAACAAAUGGCUCCACGACUGAGAGCACCACAGCCAGCAACUGCAUCCUCGUGGACAAGCCGGAUUCUGAAGUGUACAUCGAUGAUGCUUGCGUGGUCCUGUUCAGCUAUGGCAUGUGGAAAGAAGUAAAAUGCACUGAAAGUCAUCCCUUUAUCUGUUAUGAUGGUAAGGUCUUUGUUUUAGAGCACAGUGUCGUGUUUUUAGUGCUACUGCAAGUCAUAUGA